AUGGUUACUGCACGCAAGCCCAGCUCCCAUCACAGGGGUCCUCCAAGUGGGAAGAAAAAAGCUGCAGGACAGCAGAAACUCCAUGUGCCACCAAAACGCAUGAGACAAAUGCUAAAGAAAAUGCCACAGGGAGGUCAAGAAGUGGACAGAGCGGCUGUGCUGAAGGCAGCAUUUCCCAGAGGAAGCAGUGGCUCAUGGGCAGCCUCUGCUGCAGGAAGGGAGGCCAUGCCAGGCACAGUCCCAGGAGAUUGGAAUCGCAACUUGCAUUAUCGGGAUGUCCUGCUGGAUGACGGCUUGAAACACUUGAGAAGUGCUGGAGUUACAGGUGUGUCUACAGGGAGGACUUUCCCAGCUCCUGAGCUGGCUGGUGCACACCAGCCCGGCUCCCAUCGCAGGGGUACUCCGAGAGGAAAGAACACAGCUACAGGACACCGGAAGCCCCAUGAGCCAUCCAAAAUCAGUCAGCAAAUGCCGAAGGAAAUGCUGCAGGGAGGGCAAGAAGUGGACAGAGCGGCUGUGCUGAAGGCAGCAUUUCCCAGAGGAAGCAGUGGCUCAUGGGCAGCCUCUGCUGCAGGAAGGGAGGCCAUGCUUCAAGUUGUCUUAAUGUGA